AUGAAACGAAAUUUUCCCGUAGGAAAUCAUCAGCAGAAAAUCUCCCCUUUAAGUAGGAAUCGAGAAUUCAGCGAGGAGAGUUUUAUCGCUGUGUCUACUCCCAUCGUGUUUCCCUACAAGGCCUUAGAAGCUUUUCUUAGAUCUUGUCUUGUCGAUUGCGAAGACGAGAAGCGCUUUGUUGACAACGGAGAAGAUUUCGAAGCACGAUUUAUUGACAAAGCAUGA